UGCAUUCAUAAGGGAACCUCUCUGGUCCCUCUUCCCUCGUUUCCAUUCGUUGGAAGACUAGUCGAAGGGGUAGACAGAGGAAUCCACCCUUCCAGAUCUCCAUUCUCCCCCUCCACUCUCCUCUCCUCUUCCUAUCACCCAAUCCCUCUGCGUGUCUCCUUGGAGAAAAACACUGCCACGCUUCCCUUCAACUUCAUGCAUACCUUUCUUUAAUGCUAAUAUCAACAAAUACUCUUCUUCUGCUCUCAGCAAAUUCCCACCCAAACAUCAGCUUUGCAACAAACCCCACCAUGGCUUCUCUUCUUCUCUUCAUUCUCCUACUCUCUCUUUCUAUUGGUGCAAGUGAUGGCCGUCACCUAAGUGUACAUGACAAAGAUUCCAACAGAGCUUUCCAUCACUCAAGCAAGGAUGCUGCAAUCGUGAAGCUUGCUGAAGAGACUUCAGCCACAGCGAAGCAGACUCAAUCAUCAUCAGAGAAAGAGAGUCGGAACAGUGCAACAAUGGAAAGGCCGAAGGACUUGGAGGCUCCAACGAAGGACGCAGAGGCGAGGAGAGAUGAAGUAUCAGGUGCUGUCCAAAUCCCAUCACAGGUUAAGGUUUCAUGGCUUGUGCGUCGCAAGGGGCGCAGAGUGCAUCCAGGGUUCGAUGUAGAUUAUAUGGGUCCUAGAACCCAUCCCCCGUCUCACAACUGAAGCCCAUCCCUUUCUGUCCUCUGCCUAUCUUCUCUUUAGAGGUUUUAGGCUUUUGCUUCAAAUACAACCUCCAGAACUAGAAGCAGAUAGUGGAAAACAAAGUGCUGGACACGAACUUCUACUGCCCAUUUCACAGCAUAUGUGACAACCAUUAAAAUUAGUUAGAAUGCAGGCUCUAUGCAUUUUGCUUGUUGCCAUGGCCUGGUUCUCUUAUCGUUGUACUAUAGAUACUGCUCGAGUGAUAGACACGAAGAUCUUCCCUCUGUUGCCUCAACUUGUCAAUGUAAUCUUGCAAAAUUUUUUGCUC